UCCCACAAGGCCACGCGGAAAGAGGUGCGCGAGCCGUUAAGGACUUCCGGUCGCUGAAGCAGGAGGCGCGCGGGCAACGGAGACCCGCGGCAAAGGUGACAUGACGAAAUUAGCGCAGUGGCUUUGGGGACUGGCACUUAUGAGCGCCACCUGGGCGGCCCUGACCCUCGGAGCCGUGGGCCUGGAGCUGCCCUCGGCAUGCCAGGAGGUCCUGUGGCCACUUCCCGCCUACCUGCUGGUGUCCGCCGGUUGCUAUGCCCUGGGCACUGUGGGCUAUCGCGUGGCCACUUUUCACGACUGCGAGGAUGCCGCCCACGAACUGCAGAGCCAGAUCCAGGAGGCCCGAGCCGACUUAGCCCGUAGGGGGAUGCGCUUCUGACACACUAACCCCAUUCAGGCGGGCACGGCCUACGCUCCCUUCCCCAUUAAAGAGCAAGUUUUUUUUUUUCUCUAACUUUGUUUAGUGGGAGUAUGGAGAGUGGGAGUUAGGGAUUCUGUGUACCGGCUGUUGAGAAAUGAGAGGUAGAUGAGCUGCCUUUGUUUUUGCAUCUUGCUGGUGUUCCUUUUUGUUCGAGGCAAAGACCCUUUCUCAAGGUCUCUCAGGAUGGAUAUGUCAUUUCACUUUCUUAGUCGUUUUAACCCUGUCAGGAAUUACUUCUUUAAGCCUAACUUCCAUUCUUCAUAACAUCCAAGCUCUGUUCUUUUUAUUAUUAUUUAUUAAAGUAUCAUUAAUAUACAA